CACUGCUUGACUCUACUCAUAGAGCUACCAUACAUUUUGUAAAUAUCCGAUUUAGCUUAUAUUUUCCAAUCCUCUGACACAUCAUUAUACUAUAUCCUUGAUCGAAGCACACGAUUCGCUACAAUAUGGCUACCGCCGAGGGCGAUCGUCCAGUAGGCAGCAGCAGUUCGGAAACUGGCAACUCUGCCAGCCAACGGGGAGUUAAUCGAGUCCUCCAUAAAUUGGCCAACUCGCUGGAGGCAGGCGAGUUCUAUGAGGCUCAUAUGAUGUAUAGGACAUUAUAUUUCCGUUAUACGGCUCAGAAGCGAUAUCAAGAUUGCUUGAACCUGUUGUUCGAUGGAGCCGAGAAGCUGAUUGCCAAGGAUCAGCACAGCAGUGCUGCGGAUCUAGCUCUGCUACUGAUAGACACGCUGGAGAAGAGAGGGUCCUUGCCUGGAGAUAAUAAUUUCUAUUGGGUCCCUCGGUUGGGUUCACUUAUACGUGGCUUUAGCCCGACUACUGUGGAACGCGACACAUUUAUACAACGAGUCGUUAAAUGGAGCAGUGGUCUACAUGGCAAGUACGGGCAUCCAGUUUUGCAUAAGUUAAUCGCCCAUGUGUAUUGGGCCGACGGCAACGUUGAAUUGGCGCGUCACCAUUAUCUACUUUGUCAGGAUGGUAGUUUGUGUGGCCGGGUGCUAAUAGAAAUCAGCGUAAGCAAAGGUUUUCGCAGUGAGGUGGAUUUGUUUCUUGUGCAGGCCGUGCUUCAGCAAUUGUCGCUGAAGGAUCAAAGAACAGCCGAAGUUAUGUUUUAUGAGUAUACGCGUUACCACCCCAAGAUAUUACGGCACGAGUUCCCAUUUAGAGAGCCUCUUGUGAAUUUCCUUUAUUGCUUGUUCCGCCUCAUCGACACGAAAUCCGUUAACGGCUUCCGAGCCCUGCGAAAGCUCUACGAUCCCUCACUAAAGCGGGACACGUCAUUUCUAAAAUAUCUGACGAAAAUUGGCAUUGUCUAUUUUGAUGAACAGCCCGAGGUGCCGCACAGUGGUCCAUCGGGACUGGGUGGGAUGAUCGGCGAUAUAUUCAACCGUUUAAUGCAAGGCUUUGAUGACGAAGAUAUCGACGAACCGCAAUCUUCGGAAAGACGACAUAACGCCAACAACGAGCUCGACUAAUAUCGGCUCUAAUUUGAAUGGAUAAUGGACAUGGUCUUUGAUAGCAUUAAGCGCCCGUUUCAGUUCAAGUCGACACCAAAAGCAACAGGAACUACCGCAAAGUCCUUUCUCACCGGACUUUAUUUUUCAAUGUUAUUAUUUUAAUGUAUUGUGUGCAAAUUAAUUGUACUUUAGUGUAACGGUGCGCUUAAUUCGCAAUGUAUUUAGACUCCCGAUCGGAUUGAAAAAUAAAUGUAUUUUAAACGUGA